AUGUAUCGUCAUACACUUCGUCAUCUAAAUUCAUUUGCAAUAAAAACAAUAACUAGUCCAUUUGAACAUAUAGCACGUAUGACAACAUGUCAUCAUCCAUUUCCGGCAAUAUCAAAACCAGCACCUAAUUUCCAAGGUCCAGCAGUUAUUAAAGGACAUUUUAAAGAUAUUCAAUUAUCGGAUUAUAGAGGCAAAUAUGUUAUAUUAUUUUUCUAUCCAUUAGAUUUUACAUUUGUUUGUCCAACUGAAAUUGUUGCUUUUAAUGAACGUAUUGAUGAAUUUCAUAAUCUUAAUACACAAGUUAUUGGUUGUAGUACUGAUUCAGUACAUAGUCAUCUUGCUUGGAUAAAUACGCCAAGAAAACAAGGAGGUCUUGGCGGUCUUAGAUAUCCAUUAUUAAGUGAUUUUUCAAAAGAAAUAACAAAACGUUAUGGCAUUUUAAUUGAUGAUAACGGUGGUAUUGCAUUACGUGGUUUAUUUAUAAUUGAUAAACAACAAAUAUUAAGACAAAUAACAAUAAAUGAUUUACCUGUUGGUCGAUCAGUUGAUGAAACUCUUCGUCUUAUAAAAGCAUUUCAAUAUGUUGAACAAUAUGGUGAAGUAUGUCCUGCAGAUUGGGAUGAUAAAACAAAUCCAAAUACAAUUAAACCUGAUCCAGUUAAAUCGAAGGAAUAUUUUGAUAAACAAGAAUAA